AGAGCACAGUAGCAGAAGCAGCAGCAGCAGAUGUGUGUAUUGCUCUUCAGCUGGCCCAGUUUAUAGAGAUUCAGUGAGGCGUGCGGAGGUGGAUGCACAUCUAGCGGCUGUGUGAGAGUUCGGCUGAGGUUCUCUGGCUGAAAAACCAUCUCUUUGCAUAGUACAAUUGCCCAGCCACCAUGAAUCCCUGCCAUGUGUGCGAGGAGCCGACGAAGAACAAGUGCUCCAACUGUAACCAGGUGUCCUACUGCACUGUCCAGCACCAGAAGCAGGAUUGGAAAACGCACAAGCCCAGCUGCCAUCCAUUCAAGAUCGCCCACAAUGAGCAGCUAGGCCGGCAUCUGGUGGCCACGCGCACCAUCAAGCCCUAUGAGAUAAUCCUCAGGGAAGCCCCUCUGGUGCGUGGCCCCGCCCAGAUCUCCGCCCCCGUCUGCCUGGGCUGUCUGAACGGCAUCGAGGCGGAGGAUCACAUCGAGUGCCAGCAGUGCGGUUGGCCACUGUGCGGACCGGAGUGCAAGUCCUUGGACGAGCACAAGGCCGAGUGUCGUCUCACCAAGGACCGGGGCCAGAAGGCCAACGUGCAGGAGUUCAACGGGCCCCAUCCCCUCUACACGUGCCUGAGCACCGUGCGAUGUCUGCUGAUUGGGGAAACCAGUGCGGAGAAGGCGAGUAAGUUCCAGGAGCUGGAGUCACUCGAGUCCACCAGAAGGGGCUCCAAUCAAUGGAAGGCGGAUUUGGCCAGCAUCGGACAGUUUAUUCCCAAGUUCUUCAAAACCCAAAAGUUCAGCGAGGAGGAGAUCAUGAGAACCGUGGGUGCUCUGCAGAUUAACGGACACGAGGUGCCAACUACUGAUCCACCUCAUGUGGCUGUCUUCUACACGGCCUCCUUCACGGAGAACUCCUGUCUGCCCAAUCUGGCCAAGAGUUUCAACAAGAAUGGCCAUUGCAUCUUGUGGGCACCGCGUGAGAUCAAGAAGAACGCCCACUUGAGCAUCUGCUACUCGGAUGCCGUUUGGGGCACCGCCGAUCGUCAGAGACACCUGAUGCAGACCAAGUUGUUCAAGUGCGCCUGCGAGAGAUGUGUGGAUGUCACUGAGUUGGGCACAGAUUACAGCGCCAUAAAAUGCGAGGAUCGCCAAUGCGGAGGACUGAUGCUGCCCAGCAAAGCUGAUGACUGGAACGGUAGUUGGCGCUGCCGUGAAUGCCACAAACAAGUCCAGAAGCACUACGUCGAAAGGAUCUUGGAACGGGCUGGCAAGGAUAUCCAGAGCAUGGAGAAGAACGUUGAAAAUGGCUUAAAAUACCUAAAACACUACGAGAAGUGGCUGCCUCCUCAACAUUUUCACAUGAGUGAGAUCAAAAUCCUGCUCGUCCAGCUCCUGGCCAAGGAUCAAAAGGAGCUGAUGGUUAUUUCAGACGACAAGCUGCUGCUGAAGCUACAAUACGCCCGCGAACUCGUUGAGUUGUACGAAAAGCUUACGCCGUGCGAAGUUCGCACGCUUGGCACGCUUUGCUUCGAGUUGCACUCGGCAAUUGCCGAGCAGACCCGUCGUGUUGCUCUGGAAACGAGCCUGUCGCCCAAGGAUCGGCUCGAGGAGUCCUUGUUCUAUGUGGAAAAGUGUGUCAACUAUUUGCAGUACGAGUCGGACAUAUUCAUUGAAGGUCACAUGCUGAAGCAGGCCAAGAUUAACCGCGACGCCCUGCGAAUGGUCACGAGGAUCUCCUAAAAAGCUAAUGCAAUCAAAUAAGUUCCCACCAAAAAGCCUUUUAUCGAAAUAACCAAUAAAUUGUCAUUACUUGAUCCCAUAAA